AAAAGCCAAAACCCACGCGAGACAGAGCGCGCAAAAUCGCCCGCCCUCUCUCUGAAAAACUUCUCUCAAAGCCCUGCAAAACCCUCAAGAUUCGCGCGAAGCCAUGGAUUGGGUCCGUGGCAAAGAGAUUGGCCACGGCGGCUUCGCCACCGUCCACCUCGCGGCGCCCGCCGGGACCUGCCCCUCCGGCCUCCCUCCGCUGAUGGCCGUCAAGUCCUGCGACGCCGCCCUGUCUUCCUCCCUCAGGCACGAGAGGCGGGUCCUGCGCGAACUCGGCGACUGCCCGCGGAUUGUCCGCUGCUUCGGCGACUCGCUCACCGCCGAGCACGGCGGCGGCGAGGAGCUCUACAACGUCCUCCUCGAGUACGCCGCCGGCGGCAGCCUCGCCGACAGCAUGAAGUCCAGGGGGAAGCCCCUCUCGGAGCCCGAGAUGAGACGCCACGCGAGGUCCAUCCUGGAGGGCCUGGAGUUCGUCCACUCCGAAGGGUUCGUCCACUGCGACGUCAAGCUCCAGAACAUCCUCGUAUUCCCCGAUGGUGGCGAUGAAGUCAAGAUCGCCGAUUUCGGCCUGGCGAAGAGAGCCGGCGAGCGGUUGUCGAAGGGCGGGAAACGGGGCGGGGUCGAGUGGCGGGGGACGCCCAUGUAUAUGGCGCCAGAGUCCGUGAACUGCAACGAGUACGAGCCGCCCUCGGACGUAUGGGCGCUCGGGUGCGCGGUGGUGGAGAUGGCGACGGGAAGGCCGGCGUGGGGGUCGCGGGCCGAGUCGAACGCGUACGCCCUUAUGAUCAGAAUCGGGGUCGGAGAAGAAAUCCCGGAUAUUCCAGAGGGAUUGUCGGAGCAGGGGAAGGACUUCUUGAUGAAGUGCUUCGCAAAGAACCCGAAGAAGAGGUGGACCGCCCGUAUGCUCUUGAAGCACCCCUUCCUUGCCCUCGACGGCGUCAACAACGACGAGGAGGUCGUAAGAGAUUGCGGAGCCGACGAAUUUGCGGAUUCCUCUCCGAGGUGCCACUUCGAUUUCCCGGACUGGGUUUCGUUACAACUUUCAGGGACGAGUCGGGAGUCGGGCUCGGGCUCGCUUUCGCCUUCCUCUGAGGUGGAUUCUGAUCAGUCCUUCGUUACAGAGCACGCUGCCUUGGAGGUCUCGGUGGGUUCUUCGUCGGCGACCGAUCGGAUUGGGGAGUUGGCGAGCCAGGUGAGGCCGAAUUGGGAACAUUCCGAGGAUUGGGUGACGGUUCGAUGAUCAGAAUCGUUCCACUUCCAAAAACAGAGUCAGCUUGGCUAGAACAGAGCACAGACAGAGCAGAGUCUUCUCGGAUGAUUCUUUUCUUUUUUUUGGGGUCAAUCCGAGGGUCCUGAUUCAAUUGAUUCCUUUAUCCUUUUUCCGUUUCGGCGACUGUGAAUAUUGAUUCCAUUAUUACAGAGGAGAGAGAUGUAGUAGAGAGAGAGACAGACACUUUCUUUGAUGCAAUGAAAGAUUAAAAAAAAAAAAAAAUCACAUCUUUUUCGCGGCCGCAAUUCAGUUGCUGCAAGUUGGACCGAAUCUCUGCAACUUUUUCCAUCGAUUGGCGACCCUCUCAUGUGGGGGAGUUCGCUGCUUUCGCUCGGAAACAGUUCACAUCGGUUGCAGCGAAGCAGUUGGGAUUUCAUGAAGGCGACUUCUUUCUUGUUUUAACCAUCUUUUACAUUACAUACCCAUCUUCAAUUUUAUUUCCUCGUAAAAAAAA